AUGCGAUACUAUACCCAUGUACUGCGCUAUUCACUCAUUAGGACUAGCUCCUUUCUCGUACAGUAUAUAACCUUACAAUACACUGGUUCAAUUCACCUUGCUUGGAUCUCAAUACCUUCUCAUACGAGAAGUAUUUCAUACUUGACACCUAUACUUCUAUACGGUUAUGCGACCCUUGGACAGUGCCUUCAGAGUGAAGUGCAGGACUUUGGUUUUAAGCCCCCAGAGAGCAUGCCAAUUUUCGUCUACAGCUUCAAGAAGCGGGCCUGGAUUUGCCGUGACGAACAUGUAGUAGAUGGGUGGGUAGGAAGAAGGAUUACAAAGACGACAAUGUCUGUUAACCUGACAGUGAAUUGGACUUAUAUCAUACCAACCCUGCAAACUAACUUUCUCUAUUAUCCAUGUUGA